AUGCAAGCAGCCAACCUUCUCCAAAAAUCCCUCAAAAAAGGCGAACCCUCCUUCGGAGGCGGGCAAAUGCUCCCCGGAACCAACCUAACCAGAACCAUAUGCCGGUCAGCACGCAACCUCGAAUGGCUCCUCAUUGACCUCGAACACGGCAACAUCUCCGAUGACUCAAUGCAUGAGAUCGUAGCAGCUACCGCAGCAUGUGGAGUCUCACCCAUCGUCCGUGUCGCGGAAGGUCAACCUUGGAUGAUAAAACGAGCAUUAGACUCUGGCGCCCACGGCAUCCUUGUCCCAGUCACCGAUACAGCCGAGGAUGCGAGGAAUGUGGUCCGAUAUUCGAAGUUUCCCCUGUUGGAAAUCGGGGUUUUGAGAGUCUUCUCGCGGUGGAGAAAGAUCACGGGUAUGGAAUACUUACAGCAAGCCAAUGACUCGCUUGUCAUUGCGGUGCAAAUCGAAACAAAAGCUGCUCUGGAAAAUGUUAGGGAAAUUGCUGCUGUCCCGAGUGUUGAUGUUCUGUUUAUUGGGCCUUUUGAUCUCAGUGUCAAUAUUGGUCACCCUAUCACCAACCCUGAGAAAAUGGAUCCUGAGCUCGUGAAGGCUAUUCAGUCAAUUCAUGAUGCUGCCCGGGCGGCAGGAAAGGCUUCUGGAAUUUACUGUGACACCGGUGAGCAAGCGAGGGAAUACUCGAAUAAGGGUUUCCAGAUGAUGAGCGUGAUGACGGACAUGGUGGGGAUGAGGAAGGUGUUCAAGCAGGCCUUUGAUGCUGCCAAAGGAGAUUUAUAG